AUUGCUUCUUCGGAAGCAGAAACGUGUAAACGCUAUAAAACGCGGCAGCGCGGUAGGCAGCUCAGAGCGUGCGGCUAGACGGAGCUCUCCUCUGCUUCCUCCUCCUCCUCGUCCACCGCCGCUUGCUGCCGCCACCGCCCCAGAGCAGCGCAGCCCGGCAGCCGCGCAGCGGGGCAGGGCGCAGGGCCCCAGCAGCGCUCCGCUCGGCUCCGCGUCCGCCCAUCCAGCCCCACCGACAGACUCGCGGCUCCGUGGCGGCCAUGGAGCACCGCGGCACCUCCCCGCUCCUCCUCGCCCUCGCCCUCCUCAGCGCCCUCUGCUGGCGGGCGCGGGCGCUGCCCCCACGAGGCGCCGCCUUCCCCACCGUCCCGCGAUUGGGAAACAGAAUGCCAUUUGAUGGAGCCAGUGAAUCUGACCAUGCCCACGGGUCAUUAAAGUCUGAAUCAGACAUUUUGCAGAACACACUACCUGAAAACGAGAAAUUCUAUUUUGAUCUGUCCAGAAUUAUUGAUAGAAAUGCAAGGCAUGCUGAUGGAAUUUUCACCAGUGUCUACAGCCAUCUUUUGGCUAAACUUGCUGUGAAGAGAUAUCUGCAUUCGCUUAUUAGAAAACGAGUUAGCUCCCAGGACAGUCCUGUCAAACGCCACUCUGACGCUGUCUUCACUGACAACUACAGCCGCUUUCGAAAGCAAAUGGCUGUGAAGAAAUACUUAAAUUCAGUUUUAACUGGAAAAAGAAGCCAAGAAGAGCUAAACCCUUCUAAACUUCGAGAUGAAGCAGAACUUCUUGAACCUUCCUUUUCAGAAAACUAUGAUUCUGUAGAUGAGCUGCUGAGCCACCUCCCACUGGACCUCUGAAGGACAUCUGGUAAAGUCUAUGACAAGAACAAGCUAUUUUUGAGUUCCACAUAGUAUUUCAAAGAGAUGACUUUAGUCAUCAAACCAGAACAAAUAUGUUGUGAAGUGAAAGUUGUGAUAUAUUUGUUUCUUAUGUAAUAAAAGUUGAUAUUUACAUUGUAAAUACUACUCUAGAGUUCUCUACUGAAAGCUGUACAUAUGGAUGCCAGUUUAACUCAUGAGAAGUCUGUGAGUCCAUAUGCUGUAAAUCCUUUACUUCAAUAAAUUCAUUUGAAAAUGA